CCGGUCUUAUUUAUAAAGAAAUUAGGAAGUAGAAUCUAUAUUUAUAUUAAUUAUGGAGGCGUUAAUAAUAUUACUUUUAAAUUAUACUACCUAUUCCCGUUUAUUAAAGAGAUUCUAAAUACAAUUUGCUAUAUUAAAAUUUUUACGAAAUUCGAUAUA